AAAUUCGUACACACAACGACGAGUAGUGACUCGAGAGAGCCGCGGGUCCAGUAUAAUACGCGUAUACAUACGUUCGUACAGACCGAAAGGGAAAAAGUCAGUUUCUGUGUUUCUGUUUUCGUCGUUAAAUACACCGAUACACGCGUCUGGAUAAACACACGCACACACCGAUACUCGUGUAUAUAAGGGUUUUUCGCAACGCGAGAAAUGCCGAUAAGGAACUCGGCGUGAAAAGUACACACACGACAGUUGGUGGUGCUGCGAUUAUUAAUAUUAUACAGGCGGCGACGAUUUCUCACGGACGAGUCCGAGUGUAAGAAACAAAAGCCUGCGCUUAUAAACGCGGCAACGUCGAGUGUCGAGCAAAACCGCCCCUUACAAAACAGUGUUUUUUCCAGGCCCAAAUUUUAUUGUUUUAAAAAAAAUCUUGGUCCGACGACGACUGUGCGAACGCACAGCGCGAGGACUAGCAGCGAGAAGAAAGAGAGGAGAGUGGGAGGCAACGGCAAAAUAGUAGUAGUCGUCUCGUUUUUCUGCCGGCGCGUUCGCGUUGCUGCAUGCUGUGUGCUGUGCCGUGCUCUCUGCUGCAGGCACCUUAUACAAUACGGAAAGUAACAAAAAAAAAUCAGCAAUCAUGACAAGUGUGUCGUAUCAAAUAGCCAAUCUUCUCGAGAAGAUGACAUCCAAUGACAAAGACUUCAGAUUUAUGGCUACCAAUGAUCUGAUGACUGAAUUGCAAAAAGACAACAUCAAAUUGGACGAUGAUUCAGAGCGUAAAGUUGUCAAAAUGCUUCUCAAAUUGUUAGAAGACAAAAAUGGAGAAGUGCAAAAUCUAGCCGUUAAAUGUUUAGGACCGUUAGUCAACAAGGUCAAGGAAUACCAAGUAGAAACGAUAGUUGAUUCUUUAUGUUCAAACAUGGUGUCUGACAAAGAGCAGCUCAGAGACAUUUCAAGUAUUGGAAUGAAAACUGUAAUUGCUGAGUUACCCCAAGGCUCUGGCAUUCUCGCAGGAAAUGUUUGUCGUAGAAUUGUAGGCAAAUUGAGUAUUGCCAUUGAAAAAGGUGAAGAUGUGCCAGUGCAAUUGGAAGCUCUUGAAAUCAUAGCAGAUAUGUUGCAACGUUUUGGAUCGGUUUUAAUUGUAUAUCAUCCGGUCAUACAAGCAUCCUUACUUCCUAAUCUAUCUUCACCACGUCAAGCUGUUCGUAAAAGAACUACCACAGCUCUUAGCUUCCUUAUGAUGUCCAGUAACAAUGUAAUUUACAAUCAAAUCAUUGAUUUCUUGCUCGAAGGGUUGUCUGGUAAUUCCCCAAAUAAUGUUAUUCGCACCUACGUCCAGUGUAUUGCUGCAAUUUGUCGUCAAGCUGGUCAUCGGUUUGGAGAACAUAUUGAACGUGUUAUUCCAUAUGUUUUAAAAUACAGUAAAGAAAAUGACGACGAUGAAUUACGCGAAUAUUGCUUUCAAGCUUUUGAAGCAUUUAUAUAUAGAUGCCCAAAAGAAAUCACACCUCAUAUUAAAAAAAUUGUGGUCAUGGGCUUGUCUUACAUCAUGUAUGAUCCUAACUACAAUUAUGAUGAUGAAGAUGAGGCAUCGGAUGGUGAAUGUGCCGAUAUGGAAGUAGAAGAAGAUGGUGAAGAAGACGGCGAGGAUGAAUACUCAGACGACGACGAUAUGAGCUGGAAAGUACGUCGUGCAGCAACCAAAUGCCUCGAAGCUGUUAUUUCCAGUAGACGCGAAUUGCUGUCUCAUAUUUAUCAACAAAUCUCGCCAGCUCUCAUUAAGCGCUUUAAAGAACGCGAAGAAAAUGUUAAAUCUGACAUCUUCCAUGCUUACAUAACACUUUUACGACAAACUAAGCCCACUACAACCGUAGUUUUGAACUCUGAUGCAAUGGAAGACGGAGAAGCACCUAUUGUUCUUCUUCAACAACAAGUUCCUAGCAUUGUCAAAGCUGUACAUCAUCAGAUGAAAGAAAAAUCUAUUAAGACGCGCCAAGACUGCCUUCUUCUACUCAAAGAACUUGUGCUCGUUUUACCAAAUGCUCUAGCUAAUCACAUUCAGACUCUUAUUCCGGGAAUUCAAUAUUCCCUUGGCGAUAAGAAUUCCUCCACCAACAUGAAGAUCGACACUCUUUCUUUCUUGCAUACCUUAUUGUCGACUCACAGACCAGAGGUGUUUUAUCCGUACAUGCUCAUGAUUGCUCCGCCCGUAAUUGCCGCAGUUGGUGAUCCGUUUUACAAAAUCACAGCCGAAGCUCUGUUGGUAGUACAGCAGCUGGUUAAAGUGAUCAGACCGUUUGAUCAACCAUCAACAUUCGAUUACGCGUCUCUCGCACCUCAACUGUUCGAUGCAACGCUAUCUAGACUGCGAACUGCUGACAUUGAUCAAGAAGUGAAAGAACGUGCGAUCGCUAGUAUGGGACAAAUUGUAGCUCAUUUGGGUGAUGUGCUCCAAAGUUCAUUACCCAUCUGUUUACCGAUUUUCCUCGACAGACUUCGAAAUGAAAUAACUCGCCUAACCACUGUGAAGGCGUUGACGUGCAUAGCCAGUUCUCCGUUGAAAAUUAAUUUGACACAAAUUCUGCCAGAAGCUAUCUCGGUCAUAGGUUCAUUCUUACGCAAAAAUCAACGCGCUUUGAAGUUAAGCUCGCUCAUUCUUUUGGACACAAUUGAGCGUAAUUACAGCGAUGUAAUAAAUCCCCAACUACUCGAUUAUGUAACACUCGAAUUGCCACCAUUGUUGAGUGAAACUGAUCUUCACAUCGCUCAAUUGACACUGACCUUGCUUACGACUAUUGCUAGAUUGCAUCCAUCGGCUUUGGUUAACAUCAAUGAUAACAUUUUACCAGAAAUCUUUGUACUCGUGAGAUCACCAUUGCUGCAGGGUGGUGCAUUAACUGCAAUGCUCGAGUUUUUCCAAGCUUUGGUACAAGCUGGCAUACCGGGAUUGAAUUUCCGGGAGUUGCUAAAUAUGGUAGUGGCGCCUGUUACUGGAAAAUCGAAAAAGCCUCAACCUCAACUCCACAAGCAAGCUUAUCAUUCUUUGGCCAAGUGUACUGCUGCUUUAGCUGUCACCUGUACUCAGGAGUGCCGAGGUGUGGUUGAAGAAUUUGUAAAGGAUUUACAACUUCAAAAACACGACUCUAGGCACAUUUUCGCAUUAUUAGUCAUCGGAGAAAUCGGUCGACACGUAGAUUUGAGCUCUUUAGAAGAGUUAAAACUCAUCAUUUUGGAUUCAUUCUGCUCUACUACAGAAGAAAUCAAGUCAGCAGCUAGCUACACUCUUGGAAAUAUUGCUGUGGGCAAUCUACCGGCGUAUCUUCCGUUCAUACUCACACAAAUAGAAUGUCAGCCUAAACGUCAAUAUCUCCUUCUUCACUCAUUGAAAGAAAUUAUCACAUGCCAAUCCGCAAGUCCUGCUGGCGUUGAGCUUUUACUUCGUUUUGUACCUACAAUCUGGGUUUUGCUUGUAAAACAUUGCGAAUGCGUUGAAGAAGGCACGCGUAACGUCGUAGCAGAAUGUCUUGGUAAACUGACUCUUAUCGAUCCGGUCAAGUUACUACCAGAUCUUCGACAAUUACUCCUUUCGAAAUCUGCUCUGAUGCGAACGACAGUUGUUACUGCUAUCAAAUUCACCAUUUCCGAUCAGCCACAACCCAUUGAUCUACUGCUUAAACAAAACUUAUCGGUAUUCUUGGAAGCUUUAGAGGAUGAUGACUUAAAUGUGCGUAGAGUGGCACUCGUUGCAUUUAACUCAGCAGCACAUAAUAAACCAAUACUGGUCAGAGAUUUAUUGGACACGGUGUUGCCGCAUCUUUACACUGAGACUAAAGUCAAACCAGAGCUGAUCCGAGAAGUAGAAAUGGGCCCGUUCAAACACACAGUCGACGAUGGUCUGGAUUUGCGAAAAGCAGCUUUCGAAUGUAUGUACACAUUACUCGACUCUUGUUUGGACCGCUUGGAUAUUUUUGAAUUCCUCAAUCACGUCGAGAGUGGUCUCCGCGAUCAUUACGACAUCAAAAUGCUCACCUAUUUAAUGGUUGCGAGACUCGCACAUUUAUGCCCUGCUGCCGUUCUUCAACGACUCGACAGACUGGUUGAACCUCUGAAAAACACGUGUACUAUGAAAGUCAAACAGAAUUCUGUUAAACAAGAGUACGAAAAACAAGACGAGCUUAAACGAUCUGCUUUGCGAGCCGUUGCUGCACUCAGUGGAAUUCCAGAUAGUGAUAAAAAUCCAACCUUGACAGAUUUCAUUACCAGCAUCAAAUUGUCACAAGAUCUUCAACCUCUAUAUGAACUUAUUCAAAAAGACUGUACAGGUAACAUCAACGACCCUAACAUGAUGGAUCAAAGUUAAAAAGUAAAACUAGUUGCAUUUAAAAAAUAGGCGCUCCUUAAAAGAGCGUACGAUAUUUUGUAAACAAAACACACUUGAAGAUAAUGCCAAUUAACCACGUUCAGCGUAUCGGAAUGCGAAUACCGAAAAGAAAAUUUUACGAUUAACGUGUGAGAAAAGUAGAUGUUAUAGUUGAAAAAGAUAAAAAAAAAUGCAAAAACCAAGAAAGGCAUUAUAAAAAAAUAAGCAUUAAAAAAAAACAUUGUAUCACCCUACUCCUGUUUCUACAUUUUUUAAAUAUUAAUAAAUUUGUAAUCCAAAAAUCGUGCUAGAAAAGAGUAUGAAGAUGUUGAUAAGCGAUGAUACGAUGCGAGCUCUAAAAAAUUAUUAAUUAAAUGUAAUACGUAACGAAUAAGUUUCUAAUUAUUAUUAUUAUUUUUUUUUCAUAAAAAGAUUGAAAGGGAAAGGUUUUAAGUGCAAAAUAAUUGAAAUGAUAUUCAAAUUUUACAAGGUAUAAAAAAACAAAAAAAUAUAGCUGAUGAGAUCGCAGCACAAUGUAAGCAUGCAACUUUUUUAAGUGAAUGUGAUUGAAAUUGAAAACAAACAAAAAAAAACCCUGUAUAAACUUGAGGAAUGAAAGGAUAAGAUAAUAAAUUUACCGGACGUUUAAAUAUUUUAAA